UGGCGCGUGCGCGGCGCGGGAGGCGGCGGAGGCGGGGGAAAAUGGCGGACGGCAGAGCCGAGGGGGAGAAGGCGAAGCGGCCGCAGCCCGCAGGAGGACCUGAAGAAGAGGCAGAAAAACCUGUGAAAACUAAGACUGUUUCUUCCAGUAAUGGAGGAGAAAGUUCGAGUCGCAGCGCAGAGAAACGGGCAGCUAAUGAAGAAGCCGAAGACUUCACCACAAAGCCUGCUCCUGCCAAAAUGUCCAAGUUUGGAUUUUCCAUAGGCAGUCAGACAACAAAGAAGGCAUCUGCAAUAUCCAUCAAACUAGGAGCAAAUAAGCCUAAAGAGCCUGUUCCAACCCUGGCUCCAAAAACCCUUUCUGUAGCAGCAGCUUUCAAUGAAGAUGAAGAUAGUGAACCAGAAGAAAUGCCUCCAGAAGCCAAGAUGCGCAUGAAGAACAUUGGAAGGGAUACACCAACUUCAGCAGGACCAAAUUCCUUCAAUAAAGGAAAGCAUGGAUUUUCUGACAACCAGAAGCUAUGGGAACGAAAUAUAAAAUCUCAUCUUGGAAAUGUCCAUGACCAAGAAAAUAACUAAAUGAUGUGGAUUACAAGUUGGGUGUUUGGGGGGAGGGGAGGGUGUAACGUUAAAGGAACAGUUUCCUUUUUUAAGAAUGGUAUGAGACUAUCUUUGGAGCCACUUUUUUAAGAUUUUGAGUGGUACACUAAUGAAUUAGUUUGAAAUUAGAGGUAAUUUAUGUUUUCUAUACAGAUUUCAAGGCAUUUGCUAAUUUUGUAGUUCAUGUGAUGAGUUUCAAAAGGUUACAGAUAAUAAAGAAAUUGGAGUGGUACCUUUUUAAGAAUUUUCUUUUUGGUCAGUGAUUAAAUAAGGUGGAUGAAAAAGGUUACUGUCUCUUUAAUCAGGUUAAAAUUGAAUGCCCGUGCAUUCUCACUUCUGGCUCCCUCUUCAUAACAGGAGAAACAGUUGACUUCUAGGAAUUCUGCUAAAGAGAGAGCAUUGUUUUGUGCUAGAAGUGUUACUGGACUAUUAAUUUGAAUAUAAUCUACACAGGAAAUAAGAACCUGGAUUUUUUUUCUCCCUGCAGUCAACUUUUUGUUAAGUCUCCGCAAAGUAGGAAUUAUUUGCUCUGAGUGGCUCUGGUAACUUAGUUCUAAUUUUGUUUUAAACUUCAUGUAGGAUGUGUAACCUUCUGUGGCCUGUUUCAUCCUAAGGAAAUGGGCCUUGUCUGUAUAUUAGAUACAGUCUGUAAAGAAUAUUCACUACAAAGGUAAAUGAGUAUUUUCAGUGUGCUCCUCUUAAAUCAUUAGCCUUGAGUAGUGCUUGUUAGCAUUUCCUAGUGGUACACGAAAGCCACCACCAAAAAUACAAGCUAAUGUACAUUAAGCUUCACAUUUGGUUGAAAUAUUUUUCUUUACUAUGCCUAGAAGGAAUAAAAGCCACACCAAAAAUCAGUAACUCACUGCUUAAGUAUGAAAAAUCCAAGAUGCACUUUCCCUGUCUUGCCAUUUAAAACAAAAUGCCUUGAUGCUAUGACCUCAGUGGACACUAUCAGGUCAAAGAAUGCUCUGUCUGCAGUUCUAAUGCUUCUAACAAGUGUCAACUUCAGAAAUAAAACUUGACCUUUUCCUGCCUGUCUGCCUUUUGCAGUGAUUUUCAGCCAUGACAUUAGUCUGGUCAGUUUAAUUUCCUGGCUUUCAUACUGCAGAACAGUGCUGUAGGAUUUUAGUAAUGACUGUCUAAAUUUUAGUCUAAUCUAGAUUGCUUAUUUUUAAAACAUUGUACUAUCAGAACUGGUUAAACAAAUUUAUCGACAGCAACACCACCACCUACGUUCCCCCUACCCCAAACAAACAUAAGGGUUUUUUUUAAACUCAAAUACCUGAUAGUGUCAACCCCUAAAUUAAUUUCAGCCAGGAACUGGUUGUAGAAUUCAGUAUACAAAUUGCUUUUAUCUUGCCUCUAAAACCUUCGUACUGAAGUUGAACCUGCAAGUGCAGAAAGGAGAGUGCAUCUUGAAGUGUAUUUUUUUAUUAUUAUUAUUAUUAUUAUUAUUAUUUUAGGAAAGCUCUGACCACUUAGACUUUUGAGUUUGUAAGUUCUAAAAAAUAUUUUUUUGUAUUUUUGUAUUGUAUGUGUAAUCUUUUUUCUUUUGAAGUCUGAUGCAGUUGAAUACCUGUAACUGUUUUCUUUAAAAGCCUUGUUAUAAACGUAACAUAAAAAUGUAUACAUUAUUUUUUUUUUCCAUAGCAGAAAUACUUGGUUUUUUAAAACAAAACACACUUUCAAAACUGACUUUCAGGACUUCCAAAACAGAUUUGGGCAUUACUGGAACUAGGCAAGGCAAACUUUUCACUUAUUUUCAUCACAUGUGGUUAUGUUUGUUGAAAUAAAUCCCUUUAAGAUAGUGGUAAUUCAUAGUGAACAGCUAUUUUCUCGUGCUCCUUAGUAGUUGCUCCAUAUUACGUUGAUCACUUGUAUUAGGAAAAAAGCAAAACAGAAUUUUGAAUAAGAAGAUAGCUUGGAGAUCUGGUAAUUUUUUAGUUGACAUACCACCACUGUCUUCCACAUCUUGGGCUCAAGUAGACACUCAUAUCCAGAGUUUCCUUGUACUUCAAAAUCAUUUAGGAAAUUGCCAAGCAGAAGAGCAGACACACUAGGAAAUACCUUCCAUGCCAGUGAGAGAACAAAAGUUAUAUUUAUCUAUCUUACUCCUAUGGUCAGUAAAUAAUUAUAGACUGGGGGAGACUGCAGAAGCUUCUAAAGCUCAGUGAUCCUGCCUCACCUGAUGCAAGUGUUCUCUUCCUGAUGCUUCAUGGAAGAGAAUUGAUCAAGGUGGCCUCAGUCCCUGCAGGACUUAGUGCCGGACAAGCUGGAUCUUGUAGCUACGAGGUGUCUGCUGGUGUUUAAUGUCUGAUACUUGAAAGAACAAACUGACUGACCUGAAAGGCAGAUGUUACCUAGGAAUUCACUUGAAGCUGUGGGCUCUUGUUAGAAUAUUAGAAUAGUCAUGGUCUUUGUGUGCAGAGAGCCUCUUUUUUUUUUUUUCUAAGAAUGUUCAAGAAUCCUGAAACUCCUGGUAAACUAUCUGAUUUAGCUGUCUUUAAGUGCUUCCAGGAGGUGUGCUGAGACCAUUAAUUUCUUAGAAUAGCAAGGUAUGUAUAGCUGUCAGUGGUUGAAAUGUCUGUCCAUCUAACUUGUGUAGUUUUAUCUCAGAAGGCUUAUGCUUGCUUAGCAGGAAUUAGCACCUGAGCAGCCUGCAGAACAUUGAAGACAUGAGGUGAUGUGAGGAGUUACCUGGUAACCUCCCCUGUGCUACCCUUCAGCUGGGCUGUUUUGGGCCUGCUGGGUUGUAAAUGAAUCCAAACUCAUCUAAUGCUAACUAUAUUAAAAUAAUAAAAAAAAAAAGAACCCAAAGAAAAAGAACCAAAACAAACAAAAAAAGCCAACCCCCCCCCCCCCCAAAACCCAACCCCAGAACAGUGCAGUGUACUACUGCUGGCAGUGUUUCAGGCUUGACUAAUUUCACUCCUUAGAGUGUGGGAGGUGCACUGUCCAGAUUCUCAGAAUCAAGAUUUUAGAAGGAAGAAGUCCCAGCCAGUGUGUCUCUAAGGUGCCAUUUCUCAGGCUUGUGCCAUGUCAGGGAUGGCCAGUCACAGGAUACCCUGACCUUCAGCAAAACCAACUCUGUGUCCCACCGUGAGCGUCACGGCAGCAGCCACAGCUGCUGCCAGAUGUGCUGUGCUCCAUCUGUGUGUCUGCCAGGUUUGCAGAGCACCCCUUGACAGAGCACCCUGUGCUGAGCUCUGUGUGCUGGCUGUGGCUUUACCAAAGUUUGCUUUGUGAAGAGACUUGGAGGAAAAGUCAGCUUUUGAGAAAAGGGCAGUCUCUGCGUCCUGAAGAGGCAGAUGGGUUUUAAACUAUUGGAAAUCACUGGUGUAAGUACAACUGUCUAGAGUAAGGUGAGACACAUCUGUUUGGAGAAGCAGCAGUUUUAAGAAGGCUUUUUUUCUCUGUAGUUAGCAGCUCUAAAGGCUGUUCUGCAAAAAGGUUGGGGUUUUUUGAAUUCAUUAUAAAAUUACAAACUGAGGAAUGCUGAGCAGUCCUGCCCUUAAGCUACAAAAGGGAAGGUAAUGUUCUAAAGCCACAAUAAUUUGUUGUCUAGUUCCUCUGGCAAGAGAUGGAAGAACACCAUAAAUAUGGGACAAUUAACAAUUUGCCUUUUACUGUAUCCUGUAAACAUUCCUUAUUUCUUCUGGUUUUAUUAAUGAAGGGAUCUCCUACUGUUCUGUAAUUUUGAAAUACUGGCAUCUUAUAUAGUGCUUACCUAGGAAAGCUGCUAGUUUCUAAUAAUGUGGAGCCACUGCCUCAGAGGAGAAGUGUAGUUAUCCAUGGAAUUAAAAGCAUAAAACAUGAACCGUUACCCUUAAACUCUGGAUAUAGCAUGUUCAGUUUCUGUUUAUGAACUUCAUUUAACAGUCUGCAGUGGGGGGAGGCCGAGCAAGAUUUAGUCACCAGAGCAAAUAUUUAGACUGCAGCACACGCCUUUUUGAGGUCUGGACACUUCCAAGCCAGCUGCCUUCAGGCUGGGCAGAGAGGAGGGAGGACUGGCAGUGAGGUCUUACAAACAUCUGCUAAGCUUGUGGUGUAGUUCAUAAAUCUGGUUUUUGGGAUUGGAUUUCCUGAUGUGACAAAUGCACAAAUGGAGCAAGAGCUCCACUGAAACUUGAAGUCAUGAGCGUAUGUUGAUGUUUUCCUGGCAGCACAAGUUUAUUAAUGUAAAGGUAAUGCAAGUUCUAAUAAAAACAUCUCUCCUUUUC